AUGUCUGCCAAGAUUGUCAACCCGAAGCCGUUCUUGAGUGAUCUGACUGGCAAGCCUGUGAUGGUCCGUCUGAAGUGGGGGAUGGAGUACAAGGGCUACCUGGUGUCGACGGACAGCUACAUGAAUCUCCAGUUGGCGAAUACGGAGGAGUACCAGGAUGGACAGUCGGUCGGGUCAUUGGGCGAGGUCUUCAUUCGGUGCAACAACGUCUUGCACAUCCGAGGCGCAGAAGAGGACUAG